UUGCCGCAAAAGUUGACCUCUGCGGGAUGAAGACAAUUUGUAUCACGUAUUCAACUUCCAAAUACAGUUGAACUUGUUCAUUUCAUGACAUUUACAGAAAUCGAAUCUCACCGUCGACCAACCGUCGACCACCGUCAACGUCAACUAUCAGCAACUAUCAGUGAAAAAGGUCCAACCGGUCCAACCGACUGCGUCACCGGCACGGUGCAGCGGUAAUAGGUUAGCGAAUAUCUAUAAAUUUCAUCUUUUCUAUAACUACCAUUGAGAUUAUUUUUUUGAGAAAUAAACAGAAAUAAAGCUGAUUGUUGCUGAUCGCUUGAUUGCUACUGAUCAUUUUAAAUACCUCUAUUACUGCAUGAAAAAUAUGGUCAGUAUGGCUACAGAAAUCUUUGUCAGGACUGGUGAUACUGAGCUGGACAUUAAAAUCGAUGAAUGGUUAAAAUGGAAUAAGGAUCAAAAUGCUAAGCACGAGAUUGAGAAACUUAUUCAGAACAACAAUGCCAAAGUUUUAUCAGACUUAUUCUUGAAGAGACUUGAAUUUGGCACAGCUGGCCUAAGAGGCUGUAUGGGUCCAGGAUAUAGUCAGAUGAAUGAUUUAGUUAUAGUUCAAACUGGUCAAGGUUUAUCAAAGUACUUAUUAGAUACAGUGUCUAAUGCAUUCGAAAAAGGAGUGAUAGUAGGAUAUGAUGGACGACAUUGUAGUAAAAGGUUAAUAAAGAGUUAUAAUAUUAUUUCAAGCAUCUAUAUAACUCGUAUCAUCUAUUUUAUAUUAAUUUUCCACAUUGCUGUAGGUUUGCAGAAUUGACUGCUGCAAUUUUUGUGGCAAAAUAUAAUGGUUACAGCUUCCCACAAUCCUAAGAUUGACAAUGGUUAUAAAGUUUAUUGGGAAAAUGGUGCACAAAUAAUUUCACCACAUGAUAAAAAAAUUCAAAAAUACAUACUCGAAAAUCUUGAGCCCAUUGAGUCUUCUUGGGAUAUCAUAAAAGUAUAUGACAGUCCUUUAUACAAAGAUCCAUGGAAUGAUAUCAUGCAAUCAUAUUUUCAUGCUCUUAAACAAACUGUAUUGUAUCCUGAAUUGAAUAGAAACACAAUAUUAAAGUUUACAUAUACACCCAUGCAUGGAGUUGGAUAUGAAUAUAUGACUGCAGCCUUUAAUGCUGCAAAUUUAAAGCCAUUCAUAAUAGUCGAGGAACAAAAACUACCUGACCCAGAAUUUCCAACUGUGAAAUUUCCAAACCCUGAAGAAGGGAAGAGUGCACUUGACCUUAGUAUAAAAGUAGCAAAUGAAAAUUCUUCCUCUAUAAUAAUUGCUAAUGAUCCUGAUGCAGAUAGAUUAGCUUGUGCUACAAAAAUGGAAAACGGAGAAUGGUAUAUCUUCACGGGAAAUGAAUUAGGAGCACUAUUGGGAUGGUGGAUGAUGCACAAGUAUCAAGUGCAGCAUCCUGACACAGAUUUCUCAAACGUGUAUAUGUUAGCUUCAACGGUAUCGAGUAAAAUUUUAGCGUCGAUGGCUAAACAAGAGGGAUUUAACUUUGAGGAAACAUUAACAGGUUUCAAAUGGAUGGGUAACAGAACUGUAGAACUGAAGAAAACAGGCAAAGAAGUAAUAUUUGCAUAUGAAGAAGCAAUUGGUUUCAUGUGUGGUUGUACGGUACUCGAUAAAGACGGUAUAAAUGCGGGAAUGCAGGUUGCAGAGUUAUCAGCUUAUCUUGAGACAAUAGGUUUUACACUUAAUGAAAAAUUGAAUGAGAUAUAUGCUCAAUAUGGCUAUCAUAUUUCUAAGAAUUCCUAUUGGAUUUGUCAUGAACCAGACAUAAUUAAGAAAAUAUUUGAGAGACUGCGAAAUUAUGCUGGUGAGCCAAAUACGUACCCAACAGGUAUCCUUAACAGAAAAUAUUCCAUAACGAGUGUUCGUGAUUUGACAACUGGAUACGAUAACAUGAAACCGGAAAAUAAGGCUAUUCUACCAGUUUCAAAAUCCAGUCAAAUGAUAACAUUUAGUUUUAAGAAUGGUUUAGUUAUCACUUUGAGAACUAGUGGUACAGAACCAAAAAUAAAGUACUAUAGUGAAUUAUGUGCAUCUCCCGAAGAAAAAGAUCUUAAAGUAUUGAGUAAUACACUUGACGAAAUGGUGUCAGCUGUCGUAACGGAAUUUUUACAACCUGAAAUAAAUGGACUAAUACCUCGUACUAGUUAAGUAAUAUUAACUAUUUAUAAUUUAAUGUUAUAGC